CUGCUGCUCCGGCGCCACUUCGCCGACCGCGCUGUCUUGCCGGCGGAAAUGCCCAAGGUCGGAAGCAUCCCGCGCUCCGCCACGGUGGCGUGGUCGUCCUCCAACGAGCACUCUGGCUUGCUGGCGGCGGGCACCGUCGCGGGCGCCAUAUCGGACACGUUUGACUCCACUUCGCACCUCGAUGUCUUCUCGCUCGACCUGCAGGGCGGCGCCGAGCUGCCGCUGGUCGGCUCGCUCGCGUGCAACGACCGCUUCAGCCGGCUGACGUGGGGCACCAAGGGCGUGGCGGACGGCUCGCUGCCGUACGGGCUGCUGGCGGCCGGCACGGCCAACGGCAGCGUGCAGAUCGUCGACCCCGGCCGGCUCAUCAGCCGCCACGACGCCCCCGUGGUUGCGACGAUCGACUCCCACUCGGGGCCCGUGCGCGGGCUCGAGUUCAACCCGGCCGUGCCGGAGCUGCUCGCCUCGGGCGCGGCCGAGUCGGAGGUCUUCAUCACCGACCUGACGAAUCCGUCGACGCCGCGCGUCGUCUCGCCGGGCGCAAAGUCGCCCGGCCCCGGCGCCGACAUCUCUUGCGUCGCGUGGAACCGCAGGGUGACGCACAUCCUCGCGUCGACGUCGCACAACGGCCUCUCCGUCGUGUGGGACCUCAAGCUCAAGAAGCCGGUCAUCAACUUCACCAACUCGGCGAACCGCGGGCAGCGCAACUCAGUCAUCGCAUGGAACCCCGAGGUGGCGACGCAGAUCAUCGUCGCCUCCGAGGACGACGCCUUUCCGAGCAUGCAGAUCUGGGACUUGCGCAACGCGUUUGCGCCCGUCAAGGAGCUCACCGGCCACUCCAAGGGCAUCCUCACCGCGUCGUGGUGCCCGCAGGACGAGAACUUGCUCAUCUCGUCGGGCAAAGACAACCGCACGCUCUGCUGGGACCCGGCGACGGGCGAGGUGCUCUGCGAGCUGCCUCCCUCGGCCAAUUGGACGUUUGACGUGCAGUGGUCGCCUUGCCUGCCGGCCCUCCUCUCGUCCGCCUCAUUCUCGGGCGAGGUGGCGGUGCACUCGCUGGCGGACGCUUCCGCCACGGCCGGCGCCGAGGAGACGGGCGCCGACGGCUUCUCCGUGCAGGAGCCCCACGCGGGCAAGCCCAUGAUUCGCGCGCCAAAGUGGCUGCGCCGGCCGUGCGGCGCGUCCUUUGGCUUUGGCGGCAAGCUGGUGCGCUUCAGUCACAAGUCGAGCGAGGUGACGAUCGAGGACGUGCCCAGCGACACUGGCGUGGUUGCGCGGGCCGAGCAGCUGCGCGCCGCGCUCGAGGCCGGCGAUUUGGCCGGCUUCUGCGCCCACAAGGCCGAGGCGGCGCCGAGCGAGCGCGACGCGGACGACUGGAAGCUGAUGGAGGUGCUCUGCUCACACGACCAGCGGACGCUCGUGCUUGGCUUCCUCGGGCUCGUCGACCCGAACGCGCCGCCGCCGGCCGAGCCGCAGGCCGAGGCGGCCUACGAGCCCCAGUACGAGCCGCAGUACGAGGCGCAGCCCGAGCCGGUCACGCCGGCGACGCCGGAGCCGCAGCCGCCGCUGCAGGAGAGCGGAUAUGGCAAUCGCGACGGAGCGGCAGAUGGCCGCGUCGCCGACGCGCUCAUCCUGGCCGCGUCCGGUGGUGAGGAGCUCUGGGCGGCGACGCGCGACCAGUACCUCGCCUCGAACAAGUCGGCGUUCAUGAGCCGGCUGUCGGCCGUCGUGCACCAAGACUUUGACCGGUACGUCGCUGAGUCGUCGCUGCCCGCGUGGAAGGAGACGCUCGCGCUCAUCCACACCUACGCCUCGGCCGAGGCGCUGCAGGGCCUGUGCAACUUGCUCGGCGAGCGGCUCGAGGCUGAGGCAGGCGACGCGUCGGCGGCGGUGCUCUGCUACAUGUGCGCCGCAAACACGGUCAAGGCGGUGCACGUCCACCUGACGACGACUGAUUGGGCCGACAACGGCCACUGGCUCAUGGGGCUCAAGCGGCUCAUCGAGCUCGUCGGCAAGCUGGGCGUCGCCCUGCAGUAG